CUCCCCGCUUUGAUACGUGAGUUUCACCCAAGUACGCUGUUUGCUGUGCAGAGCGUACCAUUACUUUUCGCGGUAUUCGUCCUUAUCGCUGUAUCUGCCGCGAUAUGGAGCCGAUAUCGCGAAGCGAUAGCGCUUAUUUCCGUCUAUGCGGAAGCACUAACGUAACGUAGCUGCUUGUGAGACGCCUAAAAGUUGCCUGUGUAUACCCGAGUUGAAGGUCGUGAUGAGAAUACGCUAGCGGUGACUUGAUGGUACUCGCGGUAAUCGAUAGCGUAGCUUUCGUUCCGAGGAAUAGGUCUUAGAGAAGGAGGAUUUGUGGAAAGAAGCGAGAUAGACCGAGGGGAGAAAAAAAAGAUGCUCCUGCAUUUUCAGGGCUCCAGCAGCGGCCGCACUGCAAUGUCCGGGGUUUUCCACUGGUUUCGUUUGCUGGCCGGAGGCAUUUGCCUGCCUCUGGUAUUUCCGUACAUCGUCUACAGGCUGUACAGGCUACGCUGGCGAUCGCUGAAGACCAGUUGCCUCCAGGACAAGGUGGUCCUCAUCACUGGAGCGAGCUCGGGACUUGGAGAAGCGUUGGCACACAAGUUCUUUGCUGCUGGCUGCAAGGUGAUUCUUGCGUCCCGUCGUGUUACUGAGCUCGAAAGAGUCAAAGAUGACCUCAUGCAGUCUGUGCCGCAGCCCUCGGGGCACCACGUACCAGCUGUGCUGCAGCUCGACUUGGCGGACCUGUCGACCAUCACAGAAAAGGCUCAGCAAGCGUUGCGCAUCCACGACCGUAUCGACAUUCUCGUCAACAGCGGUGGCAUCAGCUACCGCGGAGAGGCCUGCGACACGUCGGUCGAGGUGGACGUCAAGCUUAUGAUGGUCAACUACUUUGGACACGUCGCGCUUACCAAAGCAAUACUGCCCAGCAUGAUCGACAUGAGAGACGGAACCAUUGUUGCCAUCAGCAGCGUGCAGGGAAAGAUUGGCCUGCCUUUUCGCUCAGCCUACGCGGCAUCGAAACAUGCGACCCAGGCCUUCUUUGACAGCUUGCUGGCUGAGGUGGCGCAGUAUGACGUCCACGUCUGCAUCGUCUCUCCGGGCUACAUUCGCACCAACCUCUCGAUGAACGCGCUCACUGGCACUGGGGCAGUCUACGGCGUGAUGGACGAAACCACUGCCACCGGUAUGGCCCCCGAGGACGUGGCCGACAUCGUCGUGGAGGCCGUGGUGAACAAGAGGACGGACGUGGUGAUCGCCGGCUUCAUCCCGCGCCUCGUGCUUCUCAUGCGGGUGCUCACGCCUUGGCUCUACUUCGCCAUCAUGAAGGGGCGAGCCAAGCGGUUGCGUCUGCAGCAGCGUCGGGUCCAAUAGCAAAUACUGGCACGUUUCACCCAGCGCGAGCGCGGGGCGCGAACGCUGUGAGCGUAUGUCUUGCCAUUGUUCACUAGGCGUGCUGCCCGGGGUGGCUGCGGCAGCUGCGAUCACGGUGUCGGAGAGGUCUCGUUGGUCGGUUUGGCGCCGUGCUGGCUGUGCCGUUCCUGUCUGAAUCGCUGCGAGUCGAAAGUUUCAGGGAGUGGGGUGGGAGGAGCGGCGUCGUUUGCAGACAGCACAGAAGCAGGUGGCGCGCUGCAAGCGAAAGUAGACGAAACUCGCCUGUAGGGCUGCAUUUUUUUGGACUGAGUCGAUGGAGGCGUUAUUCUAUUUGCGGGAUUGUUUCUUGUCACAGCCAUCACAGUGUUCAGUGUCACCUGCUUCUGCUUGUUUUGCGCGUUAAUGGGGCACGAGCUGAUCACUACUUCUAUCAUUUAAUCGGCACAAGUGAAAACAAAACACCGUGGAGUUGAAAAAUGUCUUACGUUGAAGAGAAUUUUGAUGCUACUGAGCCCCAGCUUGUUCUGUCAGCACAAGUAGCUCAUAAAAUACCUCUGAGCACAACUUUGUCUGGAACUUUAGAGAGAGUGUGUCUAGGGGGUGCCCUGAAGAGAAUUUCGACAAAUGAGUUACCAAAGCUAUGAAAUGGUUUUUACGAGACAUCAUUAGUUUAUUUUCUAAGGUAGGCAUUGCUGUUCUUUUUGUAACUUGAAAAUUUCAAUUGUAUCAAGUCACAAUACCCUCUGUCGCUGAUAAAAAAAAAUAGUUAUGGCUGUAAAAACAUACACUUUACUCUCACAUGGUUGUAUUAUUCCUUUUUUACCGUGCUAAUUAGCUGUACAGAGUUGAUAGAGUGCUUCCACUUAUUCACAAAUUGAAGCUAACGCGACCGUCAUAACGCUCUCUUACCUAACAGCAACAACUUUUAUAGAAUUGUUUACGUUCGAGUCACGUGAAACCUUAUGAAAAUAACAUGAAAAUUCAUGCGUAGCAGUUCAGACAGGAUGUCGUGUCAGCCUGGUGAUAACGAUGUCGACACCGGGUGUGAGGUCACAGUUUUCAGUCCUUGGCCAUAGCGGCCGCAGUCCACUGAGGGAAGAUUGUGAAAGAAAACAAAUGCCAAUUUUGCGAGGUUUCAGUGUGUGUUACUGGAACCCGGCCAAGGCGACCUGAAUGAGUUGAAAGCCUCUGAACUUCCACGUCUCCCCUCGUUUCCCAGUUCCAGGUUUUCUAUACUAAAAACCCAUUUAAAAGAAAAAGAUUGUUCCAUUGCACUCAAUAUUUUCCAGUAGUUCAACCUCGCUGUUUGAUAUACUACUACUGUCCUCUCUCGUCCUUGUUGAAAAGCAGUUAAAUAUGAAUUUUCAGUCGAGCGACAAUGUUCCAGUGUGUACAGUUGGGCACGAAGGUUCACAGGACACAAGACUUGUUAAAGCAAAUGUAUCGGUCACACACAGUAUGAAAUUCAAAGCUUCAAUGUUUAGUACUGUUCGUGACCUAUACAGGGAUUUUUUUUAAUUCGAAGUGCUGUGCCUCAGGAGAGAGAAAAUUAAAGGGGCCACGACACCCAAUUUUCAGUCAAAAUUUGUGUUAUGUUGGUCAAUCUUUUUGUGUUAUAAUAAGCUGGUUAAGUUUUGAUUAGUUCAGUCGAGCUACUGAUUCAUUAUCAAAUUUUUGAGAAAUGCGAGUGGUGUAAGAGUCGGGCAGCACUGGCACACUCGCGAGCCGCGACGUAGCAAGCAGCUUUACGAGUGAGUGUCAGCAUGCCAGCUGCGUUUGAAAUGGAGGUAUUUCAACUUUCUUUCAUUGACACUGAAAUUGAAUGAUUUUUGGUGCCCAAAAUAGUGGUAGAAGAUGACGGCACUGCUCCAUGCUGACAUGACUAAAUGGCAAUCUCCGGUCAUGGGCAAGGCUUAAAGCCGUCGACUUCUAGGGCUCGUUUUGCACUCGAAUAUCCUCUUACAGUCUACUUUCUAUAUAUAACCUCAUGUUCUAGUUUUUUGAAAAUCGCACAAACUGUGGGUGACCUGUGUUAUGGCCCUUUUAACAUUUCUCAUAUACUUACAGACGUGUCCUGUUAACAUUUCUGACCGACUGCACCCUUUUAUACAUUCCUUUUUUUCUCUCGGAGAAUUUUUUUCCUGUCACACUGUUUAGAGCGUUGUCUGCAACUUUAACCGUUUAAGUGUUCAACUUGUAGUUACGGAUCACCUCCAGCUACAGACAUGAUCCACAGCCAAAUCACUUCCAACUGUGGACUCUGUGGCCUAUAAUCAAUUGUCCUACAAAGAGCUUUGAGAUUUUCCUAUACUCCAUUUCACUGCUUAGCUGGCAACGCUACAGAAGCAAUGUGGCUCUAGCAAUCUCGCUUCACUGCACUUCCUAAUACGGAAACCUCGUUAUAAAAAGUUGCAUCUUACACGAAAAUAAGUUGGUUAUACCCAAAAAUUCGUUAUGAACAUGUAUUUCUAGCUAUACAGUCGACUCUCAUUAAUCCAAACUCGAAGGGGCCUCUGAAUUUAGUUUCAGUUAUCGAGAAGUUUGAAUUAUCAGAAGUUCCCAGAUAGAUGACUCUGGGUGAGGCGACACCACACAUUAUGAUUAGGCACUGAUUUUAUCACUGUUAAAAAUUUUUUAAGUGUUUUUAAACCCUAACUACAUGCAAUCAACAGAAAGCAGAGAAAUAAGGUCCACAAGUUUCUUGGCCAUAUGCUGCUGAUCAGACCUUUUAAUGAACUGCCAACUGCUUCUUUGCUGUAGGUAUGUUCGGCACGAAGCUUUCUAUACCAGUUGAGAAGCAUCACGGUUUACCAUGCGUGUGCUUUGCUUCAAACAUUUGUUUACUAGCGAAGCAGCCAUUUUUCUUGAAUGCCUGAGGUGCUUAUUUUUCAUUUUUAGACUGUUAGGAAUAAUAGCAUGCAAAUUUUUAAAUAGUAGAGGAAAAGCAGCAGAUAUUUCCUGGUAUGAAACUACAAAAAGUAUGACCUAACUGAAUGGUGGAGUUUGAAUUAAGAAGCUUUUAAAUACACUGAAAGAAUAGAGGGCCAACCAAAAAAAUUUAAUUUUGUUUGAAUUAACUGAAAGUAUGAAUUAUCAGAGUUUGAAUUGUCGAGUCUAUUGUACAUCUAUCGCUGGAUUAUUUUUCAUCUACUUCAUUAUAACUGAUAUUUCGUUAUAUCUGGGUUCAUUAUAUCGAGGUUUGAGUGUAGUUUCAUCUGAUCUGUCCUGCUAUUUCUAACCAAUGACUUCAUGCAUAUAAAAUGCAACUUACUGAUGUCAAGUUUAUGGCAGGUUACUCAAAUGCUCAUUUUGUGCAACUUGUGUGCAUACAACACACUACGUUUCGUUCUGGACCGCAAGUUGCUGCAACUUGUCACUCCAUUCUUUUUGUGACGUAUAGGUCCGCAUCUACAAUAACUCAUACAACAUUAGUUGUAUGAGUUAUUGAUAAGCGUGUAAUGUUUUGCGGCAUGGGAGGUUUGACGUUACGUCGUAAACCGUGAGGUUUCCCUAUUCUAUAUUUCUUUCAUACAUCUAUCGAAUGCAUCAUACAUUUAUGAUAUGUAUCAUACAUGUGUAUAGUGCGUCUCACAUUUUCCUAUAUGUGGAAUACGACGUUUCAAUCCCAAGUGGAGGUAGUAAAACAAACUUUUUUUUUGUCUGUAGCAUUGCCAACUACAUGUGAAAUGGAGGGUGGGUAAGUGCACAAAUAUUUGAGCAUUUGCCAAAUUUCAGAUUAGUGUAGCAUACUUUUGUGACCAUGCUGUUGUGAAACAUUUAAGAAAGCUGUAUACUGUCAUCUUUUUAUAUGUAGUUUCAUGGCCGUGCAAUCUCUUUGCAUCAUGGGGGCCCAUGAAAGGUGAUGUUAUAGCAGCAAAAUAACUGCGCUGCUGUUUCUUGUACAAAUUACCCUAUACCAUUGCUGUUUGUGACUGCCCCCAAGUUGUGUCUUUGUGUACAUUAUCAUAUUAAGCGCUGUUGAAUGCACUGUAUAACUCUGGAGCUUUCCGUCACAUGUUUCGUUGUUCAUCACAUAUGAAUGAGCCCGUGAAUCGCUGCUGGGUGUUGCAUAAUUGACAGGACGCCUUGCAUCGUCGAUGAAAGCAGACAUAAAUGUUAUUUCCUGCCAAAAA